AUGCAUCGUCCUACUGAUGUUAAGGCUGCAAAGGUGUUGAGAGGAAAUGCUAUGAAGAACAUUAACACUAAAGAGGAUGUAGAGGGAGAUGCUAAAGCUUUGUUAGAGUUUCAGAUGCAAGAGGUUGAGAGGAUUGAUAAAGGACAACGAUGGUGCUUGUUGAUCUUGACCACACACAACAGUCUCCACACAAAGUAUCCACACACAAGCGUCUCCCGUGAGCUUCACCGCCCACAACAGUCUCCCGAUGUGAUGUUCAACAACGCCGGGAUGACGUUUAACGAAGGUAGCAUCAUGGAGAUGGACGUGUACAUGGCUAACAAACUUGUCUCGGUCAAUGUCAAUGGUGUUUUGCAUGGCAUUAAACAUGCCGCUAAGGCCAUGAUCAAAGGGGGAGGAGGAGGAUCGAUAAUAUGCACAUCGAGCUCAUCAGGGAUAAUGGGAGGACUAGGAGGGCACGCAUAUACGCUCUCCAAAGGAGCCAUUAACGGGUUAGUGAGGACAACGGCGUGCGAGCUUGGGUCUCAUGGCAUCCGUGUGAACAGCAUCUCUCCUCAUGGAGUUCCCACUGACAUCUUGGUUAAUGCGUACCGUAAGUACCUUAACAAUGACAAACUCGAUGUUCCUGAGGUUACCGACAUUGUGGCCGAGAAAGGGAGUUUGCCCGGUAGAGCCGGUGCUGUGGAGGAUGUGGCUCAAGCAGCUUUGUUUCUUGCAAGCCAAGAAUCAUCAGGAUUCAUUACCGGACAUAACCUGGUUGUUGAUGGUGGUUACACGUCGGCCACUAGUACCAUGAAAUUUAUCUACAACUAGUUUUCGUUCUGAUGAAUUGAUUGGAAAUAUCCUGGAGAUGAUUCCUUUUCCAAGUUGUUCUUUAAUUUUCAUGUUUUUAUUCUGAACAUGAAAACCAAGUAUUCCUCUUCUUUCUCGUGGUUAAAAGAGUAGACGAUGUUUUACAAUUUUCUUUUU